AAAUUAUUUAAAUUUAACUGUCACACAUAGAAACCGUUAAAUUGUUUCCAAGAUCAUUUGUUGUAGAUAUUUGUUAUAUUUUAGAAUUCAUAACGUAAUUGUUUUAGUAUGGAUACAGCCAGAGAGGCCUUGUAUCUGAAUACAGCAGCAGAGACCUUACAAUCAAUAAAAGACAACUGGCCGAAAUUCCCAGUGAAAAAAGAAAACAUCUUGAAGCCCAACUCUGCAUUUGUAACAAAAUUUUACAAUGAGUUUCUUAGGGAAUUGUACCGUUACAUUCAAGUAUUCACUGACGAGGAGGUUUUAUUUAAUGACCCCCCAGGGUUGAUGGAGUUCAGUGAGGAAAUAAUUACUUACAACCGUAUGUUGCAAGUGUUCUCUGUAUACCUUAUUAAACAAACAUCGUAUAAUUUUUUAUUGUCCGACAUACUGAAACCUCAACCCAAAAGGACAAGGGUGUUCAUAACGCUUUGCAUGCAAAUUUUGAUGACCAUCAAUGAGAUAAUAAAGAGCGACAACAACAUUUAUAAGGAGGAGAUGAGCAAGAAAGAUUCGUUUCAUGAUGUUUCCAGGCUUAAAGCAGAAGUGCUUGAAAAAUUAAAUUGGGCUCAAGAAAAACUGGAGGAGUCAGAGGAAAAUUUAUAUAAUUUGCGAAAAGAGGGGGUGGAGGUUAAUAAAGAGUACCUUGAAGUGCUUGAGUAUGAAAAAACAAGAAAUAAGUUGUAUAAAGACAAACAAAAGGAGAUUGAUAGUUUGAUAUCAGAGUCAAAUAUGCUAAAAUAUGAUCUUGAUGCUGUUAAAAAGGAAAAUGUUGAAUUGGAGGAGCAAGUUGUCUCCCAAUCAGAAUAUGAAAAAGACUUGGAAGUUUUGGAAAAUUUAGAAAAAGAAAUUGAAGGUAUGACGGCUUUACAACAAACUCUUUCGCAUGGGUUGGAAGCUAAAAACAAAACACUUUUACACAACAAUAAAUGCAUAAAUGUACUGGAAACUUUGGUUUUUGAUACGAAGUGUGAACAAAUUAUGAGGGAAGAUGAGGGGAAGCUCCAAAAAUUACAGUUUGAAAUCCCCAAAUUAAACACUGAAUUAUCAGACCUGACAUCAACCACGGAAAAGUUAAAAAUGGAGGAAGACUUACUAAAUCAAAAAGUCGAAUUUAUUGAAAAGGAAAGGAUCAACCAACUGAUAAUAAAACAAAAAGAGUGUAAAGACCUACAAAUGGAAUACACACAGUUAAAUCAACACAAUAAACAACUGGAAGAAAAUAAAGCCAUUGAAAUUAAACAGUUGGAAAAAGAGUUGAAAAGAAAAGAAGAAAGCUUUGAGCAUCUUAAAAAUAGUGUCAAGGAAAAAAAAACCAAAUUAAUUGAACUAGAAAAACAAGUUGUCCAAAAUUUUACUGUUACAAUGGAACAAUUGUUAACAAAAUCAAAGGACAUUAAAAAAAUACAAUUUUAAUUUUUAAAACCAAUUUAUUGGCUUUAAUUCAUUCAGUCAUAUGGCAUGCUGUUUUAACAUUUAUAAAAUAAUUUUUUAAUUAAGUAUAAUUUAUUUGGG